AUGGGACAGGACUCCAAUGCCCGCAUCUUGACAGGAAUAAGCCAAGAUAUGGUACUGGAAAACACCCCAAUCAAGCAGCCAGGAGCCAGGCGGAAGGUGUCCUGGGGAAUUCCUCAUUAUGUGCCGCUGCCAAUGGAGCCGACAACCAUUACCAACAAGAUCCGGCUCUCUUUGAGGACAAGGCAGAAGCAGUCCUCUUUGCUGCAGCCAGUUUGCCCAGCUGAUCCGGAGGUGGUCAUGGAUGCAGCAGGAAAUGCAGGCAAGAAGGGAGGAAAGGGGUGUGCUUCAGAAGAUCACCUGUUGAAUGAUGCUGACGCAUUCAACUCGCCUCAGUGCGCUCAGCCGGAGCCUCUGUGGACAGCAGACCAGGAGAACACUCCUCGCCUCGCAGUGACCCCUCCUGUACAGCGCAGGCCAUCCAGCCUGUUCUACGCCCAAGCAGACAGCACCCCCCCAAAAACAGGCGCUGCAGCCCACCUUGGCGGCUGCCAGGCUGUCAGCAGCCAGCGCCGCGCCACUCCUCCGCCUGAAGCAGCUCAGCAGCAAACCACACCAGCAGUCCUUGCUCCUCCUGCCAGAAAGCCGCGGCCUCUGCUGCCCAUUCAGGAGGACGCAGAGAAAGAAGCAACCUGCGGCACCCCGCAUGCAGGCGAUGAGAUGCGCGGCCGGCAGCUGCACAGGCCCAGGCCGAAGGCUGCCAAGAAGCUCUUCAGCCACAUGUCAGAUGCUCCACCGGACGCAGCACAGCAGAAGCUGCAUCGCCCUGGGUCAGCCGGACUGCUGCAUGCUGGUGGUGAAGAGGCGGUCGACGAGAGGGAGGAUGAAGACAUUUCAGCCCCCAAAGCCACACCCUGCAGACACACCAAAGAAGAAAUGAGCAUUGCUGGCAAGAAGGCAAAGCGUUCCAAGCAACGAAUAAUGCAAGCCUUGCAGGCCAAGUCCAAGGCAGAGCCCUCCAAGGAUGAGCCCAUGCCUGUGCAUGCUGCCGCUGGGCCACGUGCUCACCAGACAGUACCCACAUGGGCCAAUGACCAGGGUGACAGCGACGCCAGCGAAUUUGACAGAAGCGACGGCUUCACCCAGGCCCUGCAGAAGCUGCAGGAUGCUUCCCAGGCAGUCAUGCGCCCGCCUGUCUUGGCCGCACAAGCACAUGAGCAGCCCACAUGCAUGGUACAAGGAGUCAGCAUGGCGCCUGCAGCGUCCACAGAGGUCCCCAGUGGACCUGGUGCCAAGUCAGGCACUGAUCAGGCGAGGGUGAACGGCGACACAGCAGCUCGGAAGAGGACUGAUGAUGUCAGCAAGGCAAAGCAGGCUGCAGCAGAGCAUGCCAGAGGUGCAGAAGCACAGACAGAGGCCGAGUUGCUGGCUGGGACGGACAAGAGAGCCAAGGCAGGGGCUGGCAAGGGCAGCAAGGCAAAGGCCUCUGGGAAGAACAAAGAUGGAGGCAACGCAGCAGAGCCGCCUGUGGACAAGCCUCCAACCCGCAAGCGCCGCAGGCAGGCUGCAGCACAGGCCGACAAGCCAGAAGAUGUGGAGCAAGAUGAGCCCAGGGCACCCAAAAAGCCAAAGGGCCGCGCUGCCAAGCAGAACGCCAAGGCGGCAUCAGAGAGCGACAUUGAGAUUGACCUGGCAUCAAGGGAGAAUGUCAUGCAUGCAAACGGCAGCCUUCCUGCAAUCCUGGGCCAUGUGCCACAGCUGGUUGAUGAGCCAGAAGAGGCUGCAGAUGACAAUGAUGCUGACGAGGGCUCAGAGCCUGAGGGCGAAGAUGAGCUGCUCAGCCCAAUCCCAGACCUGCCAACCAUGAACCAGCCCUCCAAGCCCCAGAACACACCUCUGCUUGCCGCGAUAAAGAACACAGCCAAGGGGAAGGGCAAUGCUGAGACUCAAGCUGCCAUUGGAAAGGGGAUGCAAGCCAAGCCAGCUGCAAAAUCGCGCAAGUCGGCAAAGCCUGCAGGUGGGCAGCGCAAGGCAGCCAAAUUUGCUACAUUCGAGGAGGGAACUUCAGAUGAGGAUGGAGACGGCCUGUCUCUGAAAGCCGUCGCGCAGCAGAUGACAGCUGCCCUGAGCCCUCAGAACGAUGCUGACAGCGAUGAGGAGGAGGGCAUGGCAGAGGUGCAGCUGCUGCUGAAGCGAGUCAUGGCCCACAAGAAAGCCAUCAGCCGCAAGAAGGAGAUGCGGAUCCUUCAGGAUGCGCAAGCAGAGGUGGACGCAGCAGUGCAAGGGCAGCAGGCAGCAAUCCUGAAGGAGGAGAAGGCAUCCGAGGCAGCCAUGGCAAGGGGCGCAGCGCAGCACAGUGCGGCCCUGGAGCGGCACCAGCAGCGGCUGCGAGGCAUCCACGCCGCCUUUGAGGCCGCAGUGUCCGCGGAGUGGGCCGAGGUGCAGAAGACCGGCAAGCACCAGGCUGCAUUCCUCAAGGAAGCGCAAGCCGCACAGCGCAAGAGGGCGGCGGCUCACAAGCGCCAGCUGGCAGAGCUGGAGCAGCACACAGCGCAGAUCAUGGCGGCCACAGAAGCCAAAAUCAAGGCGCUGCGCAAGAAGGCCGGCAAGAUGACCAGCCUCGCACGCGUGUUGCAGCCGUUUGCCAAGGCCCAGACAUCAGACACGCCCUCUGUGUGA